CGCGCACCCCGGCCUCACCGUUCCAUCGGCGCGACCUCCGUCUGACGAGUGCGUCUCCACGAGUCCGCCGGUGACACUUUGCAGGCGUCGAACCGCGGAAUAUGACAGCAGUCGCCUCUUGGUAGCCGCGCCUUACCAGUAGCCACGACAACGUUUUCCGAACGCUAACGCCCCGCUGUCAGGAUGACGUCAACCAUGGACCUCGAGGAGAUCACCAAGCUCGUCGACGGGAUCUACAAGAAUAUUCUGGACAAAUUCAAUCCUGGUGCUCGGCAACUGAUAACGGCGGGGAAGGCUUAUCUAAAAGCUCUCCAUGGAGCUGCGGCGGCGUCCCGACUGUACGUGGACGCCAUCAGCAAGCUGGCCAAGCAGGCGCAACAGGGCACCUGGGGAGCCUCCGCUGACAUCGGUUCGGCUCUUAUUCAGAUAGUUGACGUCUACAAGGAGAUACACGAGCAGCAGAUGAAUAUACUGAAAGCGUUCUACGUGGACAUGCUGGUGCCUCUGGAGACGAACCUGGAGAAAGAUACAAAAGUCGUACAGAGUGAGCAGAAGCGCUUCCUGCAGCAACACAAACAACGCUCUGAGACGUACAGCAAGGCGGCCGCGGCCAUCAAGAAGCAGAGGAAGAAGACCCGCGCCAAACCCCCGGCUGUGGCGCUGGACCGCGAGGUGAAGAGCCUCCAGGCGCUGGAGGAAGAGCGCGCCAAGCUGGACGCCUUCUGCGAGGCCAGUCUCAAGACCGCGAUGACGCAGGAGCGCCGUCGCUACGGGUUCGUGCUGGAGCGCCAGUGCUCGCUGGCGAAGCACUACCUGCUGCACCACAGCCAGUGCCGGCAGGCGCUGGAGGGCCGGCUGGACGCCUGGCAGGAGGUGGCGCAGUCCAGGGAGGCGCUGCCCGACGGCGUCGAGGCCGUCAUGGCCGCCAGGCUGCGGCAGGUGAAUUUCUACUCGGAGGACGCGCCCUCAGAGGCGGAACGCGACCGGACCGAGGACGACCGGGUGUCCAUGUCGUCGCAGCUGCGCAAGACCAAGUCGAUGGACGCGUCGUGCCUGGACAUGCGCUCCAUCGGCGACGCCGCCAGCCAGCACAGCCCGCUCAAGCCGCUCUCCAGGGCCAAGUCGGAGUUCGACCUCAGCGCCUCCACACAGUCCCUGGACCAAGUGUCCGCCCGCUACGACCGCCGCGACGUGACUGCGUCCUCGCCGGAGCCCGAGCCGCGGCCCAAGUCGCUGGCCGUCGCCUCGGAGAACGGGGACGCGCCGCUGGCGCGCGCCAUGUACGCCUACCUGUCCAGCGGAGACAACCAGCUCAGCUUCCUCGAAGGCGACGUCAUCGCGCUCAUGGGUGAACGCAUUAAGGGUUGGCAGUUUGGCGAGAACCUGCGUACCCAGACCAAUGGAUGGUUCCCCUUAGCUUACACAGAGAUGCUACUCGACGCAGCGGACAGCAGCUCGCCGACGCACAGCACGGCGCCCGCGACGCCGGCGUCGCCCACGCGAGGCCUGCAGGGCGGCAGGAGACCCGGCGCCGCCCACCACCAGCCGCAGCCGCAGCACGCCGCCCCGGCAGCGCCCUCACACCGCCCCGCUACGCGACAGGGUACCCGCGGCGCCGUGGCGACGGCCAUCUCGCGCGCGCUGCAGCAGCAGGCGGCGGGCGGCGCCGCCCCCGUGCCCGGGGGCCGGCCCGUGGUGGGCCCGCCGCCGCCGCUGGUGCCCGCCCCCGUGCCGCGCCGCCUGCCCCCGGCCGCCGCCUCCACGGCCGCCGCUGCCGCCGCCCUCAAGGCCGCCGGCGCCAGCCUCCACAGCAGCAACGACAGCGGCUUCAGCAACGAGCCGCCCCCGCUGCCGGAGGCCGACUACUCGGACGACGACAGCUCCAGCGAAAAGACGGUGACUGCGGUGAACGCCCCGGUGUCUUCCACUCUGCCCACCAAGCAGCGCGGCAGUGGUGGACGCGGCUGGUCUACCACUACCAACGGAACCCACGCCCAGCAAGCGGCCACCAACGGCCACACUAGCGGUGGCGGUGGCGGCAGCGGCGGCAGGAAGCCGACCACGGAGCCGCGUCGUCGCGAGUACACCAACGGCCUGGUCAACGGCACCUCCGUGGGGGGAUCCCCCGGGGCGUCGGCCACCACGCCGCGCCUGCCCCACCUGUCGACCACGCUGGGCAGGGACUCCCCCCCGCGCAAGCCCAGCUACCCGGUGAAGCGCACCAAGUCGCUGUGGAAAUUCCGCCGCUCCGAACAGCCGGGCGACAUCCUGGAAGGCAUGUCGCUCUGGAGGCACCGCUCUCUGGUCGACGUGCCGGCCGCGCUGGACGCCGAGGCCAAGAGGGAGAACGGCCACCAGGAGCAGCAGCAGCACAAGAAGCCCGCCGGCCGGCAGCAGAAGGCGGAGGCGGAGGAGCGGCCCGCGGUGGCCGUGCAGACCGAGGACGAGGACCUGGACUCGAUGGCGCCCUCCGAGGUGGACGAGGAGGAGGACAGCGAGUCGUGCAUCGUGGUCGAGGACCACCGCCGGCCCCCGCCGCAGCAGCCGGCGCCGGUGCCCCGCCAGCUGAGGGGCCCGCAGCAACAGCAGCUGCAGCAACAGCAGCUGCAGCAACAGCAACAACAACAGCAGCAGCUGCACAGCCAGCAGCCGCACAAGAGGAUGAGCGGUGCGUCACAAGGCAGCGCCGGCAUGACGCUGCCCUGGUACAAACUCUGGGGAAUGGAUGUCGCAGCCGUCAAAUAGGCCAGAGAGCGGUUCGCACGUCGUUGUUUCAUCAGCAGAAAGUCCUGCUGCUGGUGACAUCGUCUUUCCCAUCUAGAUUACGCUUCCCAGCUGUCACUGCACACCUGCUGGUGAAGUAUCACUGCUCUCAGAUGUGAUAUGGAUCCCUUUACAUCUGGGUUGUUUUGAGUGAAUGACUUUGUCUCGAGAACACUUUGACAACAUCAGAUCCUUACCUUUCAUGUAAUUCACGUAUCCGGCGCUGCCUGUAAUGAGCAUCUGCUUGAGAUAUGAAUUAUUGAGAUAUUUUUUCAGCGUGUGUACUGCAUACCUGCUGCUGGAGUAUCACUGCUCUCAGACUGCUCUCAGAUGUGAAGGUGGAUACUUUUACAUCUGGGUUGUUUUGAGUGAAUGACUUUGUCUCGAGAACACUUUGCCAACAUCAGAUCCAUACCUUUCAUAUAAUUCAUGUGUCCGGCGCUGCCUGUAAUGAGCAUCUGCUUGAGAUAUGAAUUAUUGAGAUAUUUUUUUCGCCAUGUGUACAGAGAAGAAGCGUGUUUACCAGUUAUUGGAUUAAUCGAUUUCUGAUUGUAAUCUCUACUUCCGUUCAAGGAGUAACCAAGUAGAAAAGUGAUAAAGCACAUAUGUAGAACGAAAUGUAUGUUCGUUAACAAGUAUAACCCAUAAUUGCUUAUAGAUAAUCAUAGAAUGUAUCAAGAGAAAUUUUUAAGAUUGUGUUACAUCUUUAUAUGGUGCUAUAUUUGAACCCUUAUUGUUGUUGAGGAUAUAAAUGUUUUACUUAUCGGUCAUAUCUAUUUUGUUGAUAGGGUCUUUAACAUCCUUCUUUUCAAGAUCGUCUUAUGAUGCUAAAAUGUAUUGUUCAUAAUCGUAGCCGUUUGAAACUGCCUAAUGAUACAAGUAUCAUCUCUCAUAGGCUUUGAGAUGUGAAAGGGAAACCAAGUUAUAUGACGUUACUCAAAUCUUUGUUAGUAGUGUGUUGUAGCAAUCACUUUUUUUAAGGGCACGUAAGUGACGCGAUUCAGAGAGUAAAGUGUGAAGCGACAUCUAUUGAUGGACUCCUUUCACAGGUAAUAGGUCGCUAGAAGAACUUCGAUGGUUUGACGGGCCACGGAGAGAUUCCUAGGUUGGAAUACUGCCACGUGGCCUGUGUCAGUUACGCAACUUCGACGCUCGUAUGGUCUUCGCUCUGAUGCAAAGACCGGAUUCGAGCGACCAUGAAAACUUCUGGAGACGAUGAUUGCAAGUUCGUGACGACGUGCACGUAUACACAGAAGACGCAACGAGGUUCGCUUGGUUUUCUCGCUGAAUCAAUAGGUGCUUAACAUUGCAACGUAUAAUUACUUAAACCGUCGUCACAGCCAGUUCAUAGCUGUAAAUUCCUUCCUCUGCAGAGGUUUCAAACAUAAAUUGUACGUUAUGUAUCAAGAAUGUAAUCAUCUGUAUUCUAAAACAUAUAUUUUGUGUAUUUCCUAUUCAUUACUUAAUACUUAAUGAGAUAAAAUAUGUAAUUAGCUUGUAUUUUGAUUCUGCAAUAAAGAUAACAAAA